AUGACGUCCCUGUGGGGCAGCCAGGAGGUCAGCCUGGCCGAGCUGCGCGUCCGCCCGCCCGCGCUGCCCCCGGCCCGCAAUGUCACCCUGGACAUCUUCCACAGCCAGCGGCGGUGCCCGGCCGGCGGGACCUGCCCUCGUGAGCUCUUCCUGGGCACGUUUUCCGGCAGCCCCGCCGACAGCCAGGCCGCCUGGGAGGUGUUCAACCUCACCGGCACGCUCAGGUCCUGGCUCCACCAGGACGCGGCUCCUGGCAGCCCGAGUCCUGCGGAAACGGAGCUCGACCUCGGCCACGAGGAGCCGGCCGUGCCCCAGGAGCUGGCGGACAGCGUCCUGCUGCUUGUCUUCUCCAAGGACAAGUCUCCGGGAGACCACAGCCUCAUCAGGACAGUGGAGACCUCCAAGCACAUCAUGCGUGACAGCGGCCCCAAGGGCCCGGGGAGCCGGCGGCACCGCAGGAACAGGAAGGAGAAGCAAAGGAUCAAGGUGAGCGACGCUCCCGCUCCCAGCCCGGGGGAGGACGCCAAUGCCAAGUCCUUGUGCAGGAGGGUGGACAUGAUGGUGGAUUUCGAGCAGACCGGCUGGGGCAGCUGGAUCGUCUACCCCAAGAAGUACAACGCCUACCGGUGCGAGGGGCAGUGCCCGUCACCCGUGGAUGAGACCUUCAAGCCCACCAACCACGCUUACAUACAGAGCUUGCUGCAGCUCUACAAGCCCAACCAGGUGCCGUGCCCUGCCUGCUCGCCCGUCAGGAUGAGCCCCCUCUCCAUGCUCUACUACGAGAAGGGCGAAAUCGUCGUCCGCCACCACGAGGACAUGGUCAUCGAGGAGUGCGGCUGCAACUGA